AUGUUGUUCUGUCGAAGAUUUGCGAGGCUGGUUCGAGUCCCUCAGUGUUAUUCUUCUUCGAAGCUGUUACUAAAGCUAGUUGAGGUUGGACCACGGGAUGGUUUGCAAAAUGAAAUCUCUAUUAUACCGACGGAAAUCAAGGUGUCCCUGAUAAACCAAUUGACUGAGGCUGGCUUGCAAUUCGUUGAAGUGUCCAGUUUUGUAAACCCAAAACAGAUUAAACGUUGUAGUCUAACACGAUAUUCAGCUCUGGUUCCGAAUAUUCAGGGUUUUAUGGAUGCGCUCGAGGCGAAACCCGAUGAGGUUUUGCAUUUAGCUAAAAGCCAGGCAAUCCCCGUUCGGGGUUAUGUGUCGUGUGCUCUGGGUUGUCCAUAUGAGGGAUCCGUUUCUCCAGAUGAGGUCGCCCGAGUUGCAGAGCUAUUGUGGAAUAUCGGAUGCUAUGAAAUGUCUCUGGGUGACACUGUUGGAAGAGGCACUCCUGAGAGCAUGAAUCGGUUACUGACGGUUAUGCUUGCUCAAGGAGGUGCUUGCCCACGUGAAGCAGUCGCUGUGCAUUGCCACGAUACAGGAGGAAAUGCUCUGGCCAAUAUCGGUGUUGCUUUGGAUCACCACGGCAUAAGGGUGGUCGAUUCUGCGAUCGGUGGCCUCGGAGGGUGUCCGUACGCUGGGCCGGAUGCUCCUGGAAAUGUAGCGACUGAGGCUGUAGUGCGGUAUGUGCUGGACAAAGGUUACAUUUUGUCAUCUAACCUAAAACUGGAACAGUUAAUCGCCGUGAGUUCCGUGCUUUGGGCACUACCCACUUUGGGCCGUUCGUUGUGA